CUCACGUGAGCCCUGCCCAUCAUCCAAGCGCCGUUGUUCCAGCGUUGACAUUUGUGGCAGAGCUGGCAUAGUUUGACGAAGACUGACGUCCGGUUGUCUGAUGGUUGCAACCAUGGCGACUUCUCGGACUGACGUUAGUCUAUUGAAUAAUGAGGCAGCUACAUUUCCUGUCACAAGUGUGGGCACGUUGGGUACAGACAGGAAGAUUACAUUUGGAGACCAGCAACAAGCACCCAUCACACCACAAACAGCGCCACCUACCACAGCUGUGGAGCCCAAGCAAACUGCAGGUGAUACCCAAGUCAACUUGGAUGGAGACAAGCGUGCAGUGUAUAGGCAUCCUCUCUUCCCCUUGCUGGCUUUGUUGUUUGAGAAAUGUGAGCAGGCCACCCAGACAACAGAGUGCCCAUCAUCUGCAAGUUUUGAUGUGGAUAUAGAGGCCUUUGUACGACACCAAGAAGCAGACAGGAAGCCAUUUUUUAGUGAUGACCCAGAGUUGGACAGUCUGAUGGUGAAGGCCAUCCAGGUGUUAAGAAUCCACCUGUUAGAGCUGGAGAAGGUGAAUGAGCUGUGUAAGGACUUCUGUAACCGCUACAUCACCUGUCUGAAGGGGAAGAUGCAGAGUGAGAACCUGUUGAGGACAGACCUGGCAUCCUUUCCAGGCACACAACAGGCGCAGGUGCAGCCGCAGACACAAGUACACACACAACAGGAUGGCCAGAUGACAGUGCAGCCACAGGUUCUGGUCACAGCAGUGACAAACGGCUCCACCUUGAACACUGGGAUGGUACUGCAGACUGGCAUGGCACAGGGUGGUCAGACUGUCAGCCUGGCUGCAGUCAACCAAGGUGCCAUGGUUGUGGCAGAUGGCACGCUGUACCAGCCUGUGACUAUGGUGGCAUCCCCAGCUGUUGUUGCACAUGGUGUACAACAGUCCUUACCAGCAACUGUACAGCUGCAGCCUGUAGCCCAGGCUGUUCAGCAACAGCCACAGGUGAUAGCCACCAGCACAGCACAUAUCAUCUCGGGCAGCACACCACUGUCACAGAUAGGUGUACAAGCUCAACAAGGUGUACCACAGCAGCUGGCCUGCCCCCCCACCCCUACUGCCACCAAUCCUGUGGCCUCAGCACAGAGUCCCCAGGGCUCACCUGGCUCUGAGGAUGACUUAAAGAGGCGAAAUGGGAAGCGAGGCAUUCUCCCUAAACAGGCAACAGAUGUCAUGAGGUCCUGGUUAUUUCAGCAUAUUGUGCAUCCCUACCCCACUGAGGAUGAGAAGCGAGCCAUUGCCAACCAGACAAACCUGACACUUUUACAAGUCAAUAAUUGGUUCAUCAAUGCCCGUAGAAGAAUACUGCAGCCCAUGCUUGAUGCUACAAAUCCAGACCUUCUGCCCAAAGCUAAGAAGGCCAAACCUCAGCACCGUCCCACCCAGAGGUUUUGGCCUGACUCUCUCAUCACAUCCAUCCCACAACAGCAAGAUCAACAGUUACCCACAGGCGAACAAGCACCGGGUGACCUGUUGGAUGCAGUGAGUACAGAGGCAGAUCAAGUGGACAGUCUACAGAAUAACCACUCUGUCACAACUUCAACUGUCACAGAACAGAGCAAUGUCCUCUCACAGAUGCUGAUAGGUCAUGGGUCAUCAUCUCCAUCCUUACAAGACAUGGCAUCUAACGGGGAGGAGACCUUGUUGGAAAGGGAGUCUGUGUCUGAUGGUCUGCCCUCGGGAGGCUUGAGUAGUCUGGAUGUGGAUAAUGCCACUGCUCCAGAGCUAUCCAACUAACAAACGUUCCUUGUGUACAGCCUUGUGUAAAUAAAUAUUAGUGUAUCUAUUUACUGGUACAUGUAGUGAAAAAUCCUGGUAACCACUGAUGAACCAUUAACACUUCCAAACAUCUCUGCUGUCUCAGACCUGUGACCUCCUGUCUAUAUGCACCACUUCAGUCAUGUUUUUGGUCUUUUGAAAUUCCAGUCUCUAUUUCCUCUCAACUCUAUGUUUUGUUGAAGCAUGGUAUUGAGAGAGGGAAUGAAUGUUGCCCUGUCCUUGUCUGCAUGGUUGUUAGCAGAAUAUCUCAGGAAUGUGGAGAAUUCCAGUGCUGAAAGUAGUAGGUAUGGAGCUGAUGCUCCUGUGAUGGUAUCAUCACAUAUUGAACCAGACCACUGUUGCCAAGUACAUUUUGUACAUGUACUAGUAGUUCAUACAUGAUUUGCACUUUGCCAAACAAAUUUCAGUAUUAGUCAAUGAUAAAAAUAUCUUUUGUACAUCAAUAAUGUAUAAUGCACAUUUAACAAUGAAAGUAUUGACAACAAGCAUGUUUUAAAAAGCAAUUUGAAUUCAUGGAAGUUCUACUAAGAUUACAUAAGUUAGAAAAUUGGGAGUUGAAAAUGAUGAAAAAAAUGAUGUUUGAAAUACCAAAAGAAAUGUGCAUCUGCAUUAUUUUGGAUUUGUGUAGUGUGUUUAUUAGGGUAUAAACAUGUUGCAAGAUGAGAGAUGAUGAUCUCAGUAUUGUUGCUGAGACAUGCAUUUUACAUGAUUUCUAUAUUCUGAGAAUAUGUAGGAUAAGCAUGUUGUUACAUACAGAUAGGGGUCACAGGUCAUUGAAAUAAGAUUGUGAAGAGACAAACUUCCCUAACAAUACUGUGUCCAACAUUGUGAAGCAUGCAAUGCUCUUCUCAAGUAUAAGACAACACUUUUGAUAUGAAGGUGAACAAUAAUUGUAGGGCCAUGACUGUACUUCCCAUUAUGUUGCCAUUUAGUUUUCCAUGUUAGUUUUUUGUACUGUUCCAUUAGGUCUACCUUCAAUGAAGAAAAGGCCAUAUUACUCUAUCUGCCAACUACACAUGUAUAGCUCUAACAAAAAGCAGUGAAACUCUCAUCAAAUGAGUGUAUAAUGUAUUAUCAUUAUUAUUGAACUUUAGGUAGGUUUUCACAAAAAGUAUAACACUAUAUGUAACAUGAUUACUGAUGCAGCUUGGCUAUAUUCUGGCCACUGUUAUAAAGUCUUAGUAUUUUUUGUUAAAAAUUAAAAAGAAAUAUUUGAUACAAAACAAUAUGGCAAAGCUAUCCUGUGUUUCAAAGUUGAACAUACCAUAUUUCUCAUAGUUAUAUAUUACAUGCCUUUCUCAAGAUCUUUACUCAUUGCUGAGGCCAAGCGUCUAGUAACAGCUAUAAUCAGUGUCAACUGGGACUGGAAUAUUUGAUGUUGAGUAAGACAGGCUUGGGCAAAUGGGCAUAACAGACUGGUAAUGGUUGGGCCUAGUGAACUGAAAGCUUUUUACAGUAAUACAGGUAGAAGGUAAUGCUCUUAUCACAGUAUCCACUUGAGGGAGCAUGUAGUAUGAAAUACUCCAGAAAGAACAUAAUUCAGGCUAGUUUCUAGUGUCUAAACAAGUUUUUAUUUAGUUUACUUCAGAUAUAUUUUGAUAACAAUAUUCUUGAAAUAUAGAGGAUGAAAUAUGCAACACAUAUUUUUUUUUAAGUGGAUACAGCAGAUUUGUUUCCCCUGCCUCCAAUAUUAUUCCUAAGCCCCGGCUCAGCAGAAACCAUUCGUGCGGACAGUGUAUGAAAAUGAAGUUGUAACAGUUAGUUCCAGGCUGGUGAUGCCAACUGGAGCAGUGUGUGGCAUACUGAUAAGUCACUGACGCUGACUUAUAUGCUUCUCUCUAUCUACCUGUUGCUAAUGUCCAUAUCUGCAUACAAAGUGUGUCUUCUAUCUAACUCAGCUGGCAACAUACCAAAGGAUAAAUCUAAUCAAAUCUAACACUUCUCCCUGCAUUUAAUUCAGAUUUACUGUUACCGUGGCGCAAAUUUCUAAAUGUGGACAAAAGUUUGGCACGGAGAUGAUGCAAUUGACCUGAUCAAUGUGUUAUUAAUGUACAUGUAUAAAGUGAGUAGAUGAAAUUCAGCAGUAACUGCAGCACAGAUUAGAAUUCCACUAAAUGAGCAGGAAAAUUAAUCCAGUACACAAUACUAAUGUAGCAACAUCUUGAUCUGACAAACUCCCAAACUUAAUGUAUGACAUGAAAAUUAGGGUACCCAAUUCUUAGGCCA